UGUUUUGUUGUCAGUAGCAACCAAAAUAACGCCCGGAGAGUGUCCGUUUUAACUAGCUUGUAUGCUGGUUUGGUUCAUUUUAUUUAAGAUUUUUUUUUAUAAAGUCCAGGUGCCGCUGUGCGCAGCAGUGGGUCAAUGGAUUCUUGUUCUCUCUACUAUUCUCUGGACCUCGUUGCCAGCAGCGGACAUGUUCUAACUGUUGAGCAGAGAAUCGCUCUUCAAACGUCCCUGUUGAUCCUGAAGAAAAAGUACAAGUUCCAACGGGUCAUGUUAUGGGGCAAAAUAUUGGGAAUACAGGAGAACUACUUCAUAGCUCAAGGGAGAGGUGAAUCUGAAAUAAAGGAUCGGAAAUAUCUGUACAGCCUCGACUGCAUGGAAUGGUUCCUUCUUCCCAUGGUCACUGAGUCUAUGAUUGAAGAAGUGUCCAAAGCGGUCAGGGGUCAUUUCAUAGGAGAACCCUCUUUUGUGUAUGAACAGAUCCACAGCCAUGGAGGUGGAGAAGAGGCUGCAGAGGGGGAGGAGGUGAUCAGGGUGAAUGAGGAGAAGAGGCUGGCAGUGACUGUUCAUCUUAUUGAUGAAGACGUGUCUGUGGUACCCAGAGGCGCCUUCAUCAGAAAUCCACUUGGUCAUGUCCAGAUGAACCGCAGCUUUGAAGGUCUUUCUGAAUCAGAAGCGAGGAGGCUUGAGAAUUAUCUACACUUCCGUGAAUGGAAGACGGGAAACAAGAAAUCCAUCACAGAUAUGUGGGAAUGGAGUCCAGCCAUCGAUUUUCUGGAUGCCCUCAGUGAUGACAUUCCUAAAGGAUCGUGGAGUCUUCAGUUUGAGUGUGCCAGCAGAGUGUGUGUUCUGCGCAGCCUCCUGUGGCCUGGACUCACUUUCUACCAUGUGCCCAUGACGCCACAGCAUGGAUACAUCUACAUUGGCUUCGGAAUGAAAAACAUUGACCUUCCUUUCAAGCUGUAAAAGAAUGAAUGAUUUCCUAUGGCUGCAUUUUUAUUUAAACUAACUUUUUCAUUUUCUUGUCUUAAGAGUAACUAUAAUCAGUUAACAAUGAGCUCUGUUCCCUUAAAAAAAAAAAAAAAAAGCUAUUGCUUCACAGUAAACACGAGGGGAGAGAGAGUAAACAUUGACAUUUUAUUUAAACAUCUGUUUUGUGUCAAGUUUGCACAGUCAACAUACCACCUACUUUGAAAGUGUAACACGGACCCCAGUGGUUGGUGACAUGAAGUUGUUGUAGAAUGUUUUGAUAGUUAGAUAAGAUGGUUCAGGGUGGGGCUGGAUAUGACUCAAUAAAGGUCUGAUGCAGAUGAAUAAACAAAA